AUGGCAGGCAUCUUUGUGCUGUUGUCUUUAGUGCUUUGCUGCUUCCCAGAUGCUGCCUUUGGGGUUGAGGUGGACUGCAGUAGGUUUCCCAACACUACGAAUGAGGAAGGCAAAGAGGUGUUGCUCUGCACCAAGGACCUCAGCCCCAUUUGUGGUACCGAUGGAGUCACGUACAGCAAUGAGUGUCUGCUGUGUGCCUACAACAUAGAAUACGGAACCAAUAUCAGCAAAGACCAUGAUGGAGAAUGCAAGGAAGCUGUCCCUGUUGACUGCAGCACAUAUCCUAACAUGACAAAUGAGGAAGGCAAAAUGAUGUUAGUCUGCAACAAGAUGUUCAGCCCUGUCUGUGGCACCGACGGGGUCACCUACGACAAUGAGUGCAUGCUGUGUGCGCACAACGUAGAGCAAGGGACCAGUGUUGGCAAGAAGUAUGACGGCAAAUGUAAGAAGGAAGUUGCUACAGUUGACUGCAGCGACUACCCUAAACCUGCCUGCACGAUGGAAUACAUGCCUCUCUGUGGCUCCGACAACAAAACGUACGGCAACAAGUGCAACUUCUGCAAUGCAGUCGUGGACAGCAAUGGGACUCUCACUUUAAGCCAUUUUGGAAAAUGCUGA